CUUUAAACCACCGAGUCCGCAACAAACAGCGUAGAGGAAACCACGGAGGAAAGGAAAGAAGAGAGAGAGCAGGCAUUCUCCAUCUUAAUAGUUUUAGUUGAGUUACGGGUGCUGAGCACUCACAUCCUUCAACAACAUGGGGGAACUCUUCCGGAGCGAAGAGAUGACGCUGGCUCAGCUCUUCCUCCAGUCAGAAGCUGCCUACUGCUGCGUCAGUGAGCUUGGAGAGAUCGGGAUGGUGCAGUUCCGUGAUUUAAAUCCUGACGUGAAUGUGUUCCAACGAAAGUUUGUCAAUGAAGUACGACGAUGUGAAGAGAUGGAUCGCAAACUGAGGUUUGUGGAGAAAGAGAUUAAGAAGGCGAACAUCCCGAUAGUUGACACAGGAGAGAACCCUGAAGUCCCUUUCCCGAGGGACAUGAUCGACUUGGAGGCCACCUUUGAGAAGCUUGAGAAUGAGCUGAAGGAAAUAAACACCAACCAAGAAGCCCUAAAGAAGAACUUCCUGGAACUGACUGAGCUCAAGCACAUUCUGCGCCGCACACAGCAGUUUUUUGAUGAGAUGGAGGACCCCAGUUUAUUGGAGGAGUCAUCCACCCUUCUGGACCCCAAUGAGAUUAAUCGAGGGGCUCCUCUCAGACUGGGAUUUGUGGCUGGAGUUAUCGGAAGGGAACGUAUUCCCACAUUUGAGAGGAUGUUGUGGAGAGUUUGCAGAGGAAAUGUGUUCCUGAGGCAGGCAGACAUUGAAGAUCCUCUGGAGGACCCCGCUACGGGGGACCAGGUCCACAAGUCCGUCUUCAUCAUUUUCUUCCAGGGAGACCAGCUGAAGAAUAGAGUGAAGAAGAUCUGUGAGGGGUUCAGAGCAACGUUGUACCCGUGUCCAGAAACACCUCAGGAGAGGAAAGAGAUGCUAGCAGGAGUGAACGCCCGCAUUGAAGACCUGCAAAUGGUGCUGAACCAGACAGAGGAUCACAGACAGAGGGUCUUGCAGGCUGCAGCCAAGACAGUCAGAGUGUGGUUCAUCAAGGUGAGGAAGAUGAAGGCCAUCUACCACACCCUGAACCUCUGCAACAUUGAUGUGACCCAGAAGUGUCUGAUCGCCGAGGUGUGGUGUCCUGUCUCUGACUUGGACUCCAUCCAGUUUGCCCUGCGCAGGGGGACGGAGAAGAGCGGCUCCACUGUGCCUUCCAUCCUCAACAGGAUGCAGACAAAGCAGACCCCACCCACCUAUAACAAGACAAACAAGUUCACCUCAGGCUUUCAAAACAUUGUGGAUGCUUAUGGAAUCGGCAGCUACCGUGAGAUUAAUCCAGCUCCAUACACCAUCAUCACCUUCCCCUUCCUAUUUGCGGUUAUGUUUGGUGACCUGGGCCACGGGACACUCAUGACCUGUGCUGCUCUAUACCUCGUGCUAAGAGAGAGCAGGCUGAUGGCCCAGAAGAACGAUAAUGAGAUGUUCAGCAUGGUGUUUGCAGGGCGCUACAUCAUCCUGCUUAUGGGAAUCUUCUCAGUUUACACGGGCAUCAUUUACAACGACUGUUUCUCUAAGUCCCUCAAUCUGUUUGGCUCGGGCUGGAGCGUCAGGCCUAUGUUUGAUUCUCGAGUGGGGGGCAACUGGACGGAUCAAACACUCGAGACAAACAAGGUUUUGCAGUUGGACCCAGCAAUAGAUGGAGUUUUCACAGGGGCGUACCCUAUCGGCAUUGAUCCGAUAUGGAACAUUGCCACCAACAAGCUGACAUUCCUAAACUCCUUCAAAAUGAAGAUGUCUGUUAUCCUGGGAGUCAUCCACAUGCUGUUUGGAGUGUCUCUCAGUCUCUUCAACCACCUGUAUUUCAAGAAGCCACUGAAUAUCUACUUGGGAUUUAUCCCAGAGAUUAUCUUCAUGGCCAGUCUGUUUGGCUACCUCGCCCUUCUAAUCUUCUAUAAAUGGUUGUCAUACGAUGCAAGAACCUCUAAAGAUGCGCCUAGUCUCCUCAUCGCCUUCAUCAACAUGUUCCUGUUUAGCUACACUGACAAAACUAUCAAACCUCUGUACAGAGGACAGAUGGUCUUACAAUCACUCUUGGUGGUCAUCGCCAUGUCAUGUGUUCCUUGUAUGUUAAUAGUGAAAACUCUGGUUCUGCGGAGACAGUAUUUGUGGCGGAAAAACUUGGGCACAGAAAACUUUGGAGGGAUUAGGGUGGGCAACGGUCCCACUGAGGAUGAGGCGGAAAUCAUCCAGCAUGACCAGCUCUCACAGCACUCUGAGGAGGAGCCUGAGCGUUGCCUUUUGUCACCUGCUUUCAAGGCCCGGGAGGAGGAAGAGUUUAACUUUUCAGACGUGGCCGUGCACCAGGCCAUCCACACUAUAGAGUACUGCCUGGGUUGUAUCUCCAACACUGCUUCCUAUCUGAGGCUUUGGGCCCUUAGUCUGGCGCAUGCACAGUUGUCAGAGGUGCUGUGGUCUAUGGUGAUGCGCAUCGGCCUUUCCACAAGCAGCAUUGGAGGAUUUUUCCUUCUUACCAUAGUCUUUUUCUUCUUUGCUGUUCUCACAGUUGCAAUUCUUCUCAUUAUGGAAGGUCUGUCAGCCUUCCUGCAUGCACUGCGACUGCACUGGGUGGAGUUCCAAAAUAAGUUUUACUCAGGCCAGGGCUUCAAGUUCCUCCCCUUCACAUUCGAAAGCAUCCUGGAUGGGAGGUUUGAAGAAUGAGAUCCGACUACUCUUCUAAUAAAGUCAUACAUCAGAUUCUCAUCUUGAGAAUCAGUGUGGUGUUGAAUAGAGAUUUUUUGUUGUUGUUGUUGACGUCUGUCAAACUGCCAAUAGUUUUAAACUUCUCACCAUUUUAAGAAACAUCAUCUAAAU